AUGGCAAGGCAUGGGCUGAUGGUAAGACUCACGCUGGUGCACAGGAUGGUGCUGUCGCACGUGCGCACCAUCCCGGAGCUGCUGCUGCUGGGGUCCGGGUCGCAGUCGGUGAAGCGGCUGCCCAUCUUCUCGUUCCUGGUGCGCCACCCGCGCGGUACCUUCCUGCAUCACAAUUUCGUGUGCGCCGUGCUCAACGAUGUGUUCGGCAUUCAGGCUCGCGGCGGGUGCGCGUGUGCGGGACCCUACGCGCAGGACCUGCUGGGCAUCGACGAGGACCUCGCCGCUGAGUACGAGGCCGUGCUGCUCGAGGACAGCAGGCGCCUGGACCGCACGCACCUGCGCCGCCAAGAGGAGCACUCCAACUUCGAGAUGCUGCGGCCGGGCUUCGCGCGCAUCUCGCUGCCCUUCUUCAUGGGCGACGCCGAGGUGGCGUUCGUGCUGGAGGCGCUGAAGAUGGUGGCGACGGAGGCGUGGAAGCUGUUGCCGCAGUACAUCCUCAACCCGGAGACCGGCGAGUGGCGCCACCACACCAACUCGGCUGGAGAAGGGCAGUCGCAAUUUGCAUGGCAGGACGCACCGCCGCGCCGCCGAGGGGGUGCCGGGCGGGGCCGGGACAGGCGGGGUGGCCGGAGGGCGGCGCUGACGGCCUGGUCUCCCGUUCAGGUGUUCCGCGACCGCAAGUGGCUGGGCCACAUCCGCUACGUGGACGGCAAGAUGACGGUGAACGAGCGGCGCGUAUCGGGCUGCGGCACCUUCCCGCAGGACCACGCUGACGUGCUGCAGACGGCUCGCAACAUCUUCAACAAGGCACGCAAGGUGGGUCCACAGCCUGUAGAGCUUCUAAGGGCAGAGGGCAGUGCCCGACGCCGCUCUGACGAGCGCGCGCUUGCGUGUGCCUCGCAGCUGAGGCCCGUGCUGAGCAGUCGCGUGCGCUUGCAGAUGGCGCAGCGCUACCCGCUGGCCGACCAGUGCGUGAUGUUCGACGCGCAGACGGAGGGCCUGCGCUGGUUCAUGCUGCCGAGCGAGGCGCAGGAUCUACUGCUAGGCAACUCGCACAACGUGAAGCACGACGUGCCCUUCCAGCCCGCGGUGUACGGCGGGUCUCGCGGCAGCGUGUCGGAGGGGUCGCCCGCGCCGUCGGUGCCCACGUCGGCGCCCAGCCCCGUGCCACCCGCCGCCUCGCCCAAUGGCCUACCGCCCGCCGCGGUAGCCGUGGCGGCAACGCGCGCUCAGCAGGCGCGGGCGGCGGCCGCGGACGCCCCGCCCACGCCCCCUUCCCCGCCCACGCGCACGCCCCCGCCGCGCCUGGCCUCGCCCCGCCACUCUAGCCUGCCCUGCAUCGACAAGCACUUAAGCGCUCCGCUGCAGCCGCUUCCGCUCUCCGACAGCUGUGACGGCGCCUUCGCCGCAGGGAUCGGCGGCGGCGCGUCGUCGGGCGAGCAGGCGGCGCUGCAGCAGCCGGUGACGCUGCUUCGGCCGCUGCACUUCGCGGUGGGCGAGGCGGUGACGCCGCCGCCGCUGCUGACGUCUCCGCUGGCGCGCAGUCCCGUGCACGCGCACGCGCCCCACUUGGCGUGCGCGCACUCGUUUGGGGGCGGCAGCCGCACGCGCUGCCACUCGCUGGGCUCCUCGUCGCAAGUGUCGCCGCCGGUGCUGAGCCCCGUCACCAUGGCCAACCUGGGGCUGGUGGCGCCGGCCGUGGCUUGCGACGCCCGCGCCAGCGCCAGCACGUUGGCCGGCGCAGGGCGCGCUGCGCACGGCGUCGCGAGGGGCGCCCCGGCCGCCGCCGGCCGCCGCUCCUGCAGCAGCCAGACCGACCUGCACUCGCUGGAGCUGGGCGCGGCCGGCGGCGUUUCGCCGCUGUCCUCGCUGGGGCUGCUGCAGUUGGCCGCGGGCUCCUACAACGACUGCUCCACGCUCGGCCACCCAGCCCACCAUCCUCACCACCCUCUACACGCGCUCCACCCUGCGCCCUCGCAGAGCCCCGAGGACCUGCACGCCUACGUCAACGAAGUCACUAAGCAGAUCACCGCCGAGAUCAAGUCGGAGAUUCGCGAAGUCAUCUCCAAGGUAGAGGACGUGCUUUCCGACAGCGGCGAGCCACACCUGAACGGCUACGAAAAGACGCGGUCCAAUUCCGGCAGCAGUGGCGGGGGCGGCGACAACGGCAUACCGUCGCCCUCUCCUUCUCCUGCCCCCUCGCCUGCCGUCACGUUCCCUACUUCUCUUCCCAACCUGCCAGUCACCCCCGCCGCCGAUUCCGCCCGCGCCUCCACCCCCGCCUCUAACGGCGGCGGCGGGCCCGUGUCGGCCCUGGAGGUCGCCGAAUACCUAAUGGGCAUGUCCCGCGAGAUGGCGUCUGAGAUGAAGUCUGAGAUCCGUGAGAUGGUAAGCGCGGUGGACUGCUUGAUCUCCCCAGAUUACAGCGGCGCGCACCACCACUACCACCAGCAUGCAUGCACGGCGCCGCGGCCCGGCUCUGCGGCGUCGGGCGCCGCCUCCCCGCGCUCGCCGCGCUCCCCGCGCUCGCCCACGUCGCCGCCGUCCGCCACCGCCACCUCGCCCGACCCGUCGUCCGCGCCCGACGUCUCGCUCGCCGGGCCCUCGCCCUUCCUCUCCAGCAAGGCUGUUUCUUUAUUGACUGUAAGCGGCGCGUGCUUGGGUGCUCAGGUGGCCGAUCUGGCGGGCGAGCGCACGCAGAGCAGCGAGUGCUCCAGCGACGAGACGGUGAUCCACGUGAUGGCCGGGCGCGAUCCGGCGGGCACGGCAGCGUCGUCGCCCGCGGGCGGUGGUGGCGCGGGCGCGGACCCGGGCGCGGGCAGCGGCCGCUCCGAAGAAGACGGCGAGGACGGCGACGGCUGGGAGGACGACGCCACGUGCGGCGCCGCCGGCGCCACCAGGCACGCGUUGCUCGUGCGCUCCACCAUCAACAGCGUCAGCUCGCAGGACAGUGGAAUCAAUCUCACCUUCCAUGAGUCUGAUUCAUCCUCACCAGGCAACACUUUGGCAAAAGACUGUACUGGUGCUCGGCGACGCAAAACCAAUCUAAGUGCAGGCAGUACAGGAGGUGUGGGAUCUUUACAGCAACUGAGUCGAGCUGCACUUGAUUUGAGACGGCGCUGUGAUGUUGGCAGUUGUUAUGUGACUGAAGAAGAACUGUCAGAAAGGACUGCAGAGGCAGAGGAAACUGCAACAGUGACUUUAAGUGUGGUGGGUCUCGAAAAUGGCGUGGCUCGAUGGCAUUGCCCCCCGAAGGCUAUCUGGAAACCUGCUGUUGAGGCACUUCAAGAAUUUGAUAUGAUACGUGAUGGCGACAGAGUCAUGGUGUGUUUAUCAGGAGGAAAAGACUCUCUUAGUUUGUUGCAUACUUUGCACCAAUACCAGUUUUAUGCUAGAGCUAAAGGUGUUCACUUCAUCCUUGGUGCUGCAACUGUAGAUCCUGGAAGUACAGCAUAUGACCCUCGGCCUCUAAUUCCCUAUAUGGAAUCUUUGGGUGUACAUUAUCUAUAUGAAGAACAACCUAUUUUGCAACAGGCAGCUGCACUUGACAGAUGUACUUCUGUAUGUAGUUUUUGCAGUCGAAUGAAGAGAGGACGAUUGUAUGCUGCUGCUAGAAAGCAUGGUUAUAAUGUGCUUGCUCUAGGGCAACAUCUUGAUGAUUUGUCAGAAAGUUUUCUCAUGUCUGUGUUUCACAACGGAAGAUUACGUUCCAUGAAAGCUCAUUACUACAUCAGGGAGCGUGAUUUGAGAGUGAUCAGACCAUUUGUUUAUGUGAGAGAGAAAGCUCUUCGCCAAUUUGCAGAAAGUAGAAAAUUACCUGUCAUUCCAGAAAACUGUCCUGCAUGUUUUGAAGCACCAAAGGCAAGUUUUAGAAUAUUUUUUGAACGUCAUCGCAGCAAACAACUUUUGGCACAACAAGAAAUAUUAUUUCCUAAACUCUUUUGGAGUCUACGAUCUGCUCUUCAUCCCCUUAUUAGUUUCCGAUACACAGGGGAAGAAAGCCGACAAUACAUGCGUCAUCGCAAACACUCGCAGUCGCAUGCUGCAGGUGCACCAACAGAAGUAGAUGAUAGCUCUGACACAGAUGAGGAACCUGUUGCAUAGAAAAUUAUGCAUUUAAUUUCCAGAGUAAAAUUGUAUUGCCUAAAAAUUAUUUGAGGUUUGGAAAUUGAGGUAAGUGUUACUGGAAAUAGUACCACUCACUAGCAUUGUUGCAAAAAACAAAACAAAAAUGUAUGUUGGAAACAUGAAUGCUGGCAAAAGUGCUGCUUUAUUUGUGUAUUAUGCUUAAUGUGAAGGUGUUUUGAAGUUGCCAUUGCAUUAGGAAUGGUUUAAUAUUAGUAACAAGGUGCUAAAAGUGUUUGAGAUUUUAGAGUUAAUUGUUGAAUUAUGAUUAUGUAAAUUUUUACUAGAAGAAUUAAUUACUCUGCAGCAAAUGUGCUGAAUGAUAUGUGUAAAUUACAGACUUGAUAUUGCUACAUGUUGUUAUGGUAGGUGAUGAACAGCAGUUUCAAGGUUUUUGAUUAAUGAAAUGAAAAUUUGUUUCAGAAAUAUUAUUUGCAACUUUGCACUAUAUCCAGCAAAACUUAAACUUCAAAUAAACCUCAAAUGUUACAAUUGUGAAACUGUUAAAUGUGAAAUUACUUUAUUUAUCUUAUAGUCAUCAUAAUAUUCGAAUAUAUUUUGAGUGCUGUUUGAGUAAGUGAAUUGAUUUAGAUGUCUCAAGUACUCAGUUGUAGGUCAUCACUGUUUUUGAUUUUUUUGGUGUUAUUUGCAUUAUGUACAUCAUAUUGAUGUUGUCAUCAUGCUGAUAGAAACUUAUAUAAUAACAUAGACAUAUUUUACAACCCAGUCAGAAUUAUGAAGAUUUGGAAACCAGUUAGUUUUGUUAGUUAUGUUGACUAUGUUAACAGUGUUCGAAAUCCUAUUGUACAAUUGUGUUAUUAAUGUGUUGUAUAUUUGCUGUUAUAUAAGUAAGAUUGUACAAAGAGAAGGCAGUUCUGUCAUUUUUGCAUCAAUUUUUGGAUGAUGCAGUAAUGAAUGUGUAGUGUUGCAGUGAAAAUGGACAAGUGCAUUUUGUGUAGGUAAGAAGAUCUAGUUCAUUACAAAAUUAAGUUCCUUGUGUAAAGAAACUCAUUUUGAUAUGCCUUUCUUAAUCUACAAUAUUGAUUAUUAUUAGUUUUAUAUGUUAUGUAAAAUGUUUGUACUGAUGGUGACACAAUAAGACUUCAAACAGUGUAUGCUCAAGGUUCUAUUUUAAGAAUUUUGCCAAUGCUCUUUUACAUUUUAUACUGUUGAAGAAAAUUGUGAAAAUGCAUGUGGAGUCACUGUUCCUCCUGUGACCAUACCAAUUUUAGACUGAAAAAUAUAUUCUUUUAUUGGUUGGCUGUGGUAGUAUUACUUUAUGUGGUCUCAUUUAGUUACAUCUUUUUUGUGACUCCUUACAAAAAUGUAAUAAGUUAUAGUCUGGGCUGUUUACAUUAAGAAAUGUGUUUUGUACUAAAUCACUUUACUUAUGUUUAGGAUUCAGGGAAAUUACUGUCUGCUUGAUUGGUGUGUACAUUAUUAUGUACAUAAAGUAUCAUCUUUCUAAUCCCUUCCAAAACACAUCUGUUGAAAAAAUAAAAUUCAUUUAUUUGUCAUUAAUAAAAGUGUGAGUGGUGAGAAGAUGUCCAUAUUCAUUGCUGGAGUGAAAGUUAUUAACUCCUAAUAAUUAAUUUUCUUGGAGCAUACAAUUUCAAUAAUGUUAGAAAUGGAUUUUGUAUUUAAUUAUUCAAUAAAAAUUUCAUCAUGUGUCAUAAUACAUUUGUGAAGAAAGUGAAAUGUAAUGUGGAAAAUUGUACUCAGUUUUUUCGCGAGUAAUUUUCAGAAAAAAAAAAAAAAAAUUUGGAAAGCAUCGAAAUUCAGUUUUCCUUUCUACGAAAUGACUAUUAUCCACUAAUUAAAACUUUCAGAAAGUUUUGGAGCACGAAAAUGAAAACCUGUUUUGAUGGCCAACAUCAAUUCAAAUUGUAAUCUUGCAAAACUAAUAGAGUGACAUCAAAUUUUAUACAAGAAUAUCCAAGGUUUGUCUUUUUAGAAAGGCUCUUCACCCAAACCAUUAGUUUCAGAAACAAGAUAUGCAUUUCAGUUCAGUUCUUUUGAAAAUAGUAGAUAAUAUAAAAAGUGUACAACAUAAGUAUAUUAAUUGAAGCAAAAAAGAAAAGAAAAGUAUGACUAUCUGCGAUAAGAAGCUGAAAUGUUCCCCCAGCUCAUUAUUAAUAUGGUUUAUAAAAUUUUUUAUGAGGAAGUCAAGUAAAGGCAAUUUUCUCAGCUUGUAAUUUGGAUGGUGCAAUGAUAUAAUAGCAUUAAAUGCAUCACUGCUUGAUUGCUAUUAAAUGUAAACCCGUCAUGGACAGAUCAGUGUCUUCAGGGAGAAAACAAGUGGGAGCUAUCAGCUUAACAGAGAAAAUUUAAUUUUUUCAACAUAAUUUUACCAAAUCCAAGGAAAUGUUUCUGAAUAGCAUCCUGUAAAGUGAAAGAAGUAUCAAAUUAAAAACAUUUAUAUUAGUUCUUGGUUUUAGAUUCGAGAUAUACAUGGAAAUUAUUUUUAUAUUCAGGAAUAAUAAAACUGCAAAUUUUCCUGGGUUAUUUUAUUUGUAUUGUAUUUUUUUAUGCUCUUUUUAGUAUUGUGCAGAAUUAUUAAAAUUCCAAGAGAAACCCAGAGGAACAUAUUACUAGUUUUGUCAUGUUAAAAAGGAAGUAAACCUGUUGGUAUUGUGACAAUUAAAAUUGUUGGAAGUGCAACCCUGUUUUUCACACGUACAUGACAGUACUUUCUCUUUACAGUACAUUUUUGUGAAAGUACAGCUGCAAAUUAAUAGCUUAUCAUAUGAAGCUGGAUCAGAGUUCAUUUGAUAGUUGUGGAGUGCUUUGCAGUAUGACAGUCAAGGAUUGGGUGCUUUCCACAAUGUGAUAGCCAUUUUUGGUUAUUGUUAAAUGUGUGAUGUUUGAUGAUACUGCACCGAAUAGCUAAGAAUAGAUUGUACACUUCAUGUUUCUACACUCUGUAGUUCUUGGCAUCUAUAUAAACAUUGCAAUGCUUUCACAUGUGUGUUAUUAGACGUGUUCGUGUAAAAUAUUCCUGUUUAUGUAGUUAAGGUGUUAAGAAUAUAUUUAUUAAGUUUGUUUUAUGUGAUUAAUGUAAUUUAUUUCAAGAGAUUUUAUUUUCUGUAAUGUAUGAGUGAAGUAUGCUUUGGAAUCUGUAUCUUUCAUUUAUGCAUUGUUUUAUUUUCUGCUUGUGUUCCACAUCAUGGACUGUGAAUGAAGAAUAAAUGAGGUUGGAAAUGUUUAUUGUUGGCAAAAUAACAUUAGGAUGUUAAGAGCUUUGAAAUAUAUACUCUCAUCUUUGUUAAGUAUAAUUUUGGGUAUAUUAUUUACCUAAUACAUUUAUUGUACAAAGUAAAAUGCCUUUGUAACUUGUGAAGAUAUAAUGUCCUUAUUUUCUUAUCAUUUGAUGAGAUGAUACGGAUUUUGUCAAAGAAUGUUAUAGAAAUAAAUCUACAAAGAAUAUUCCAGUUGUAUUUUUAUUGUGUUUG